AUGUAUAACAAGUCAUUGCGAGUAAAUGCAGUUAAAGUGGGAUUGAAAGAAGUGAAGGGCCUCUUGGUAGAUAAUGCACCCUUAUCGCAAUGGCAAAUAAGGAACAACGAUUCAAAUCUAGUUAGAGAAUGUACUUUCAAGACGUUUGAGCAAACAUGGGGAUUUCUUACACAGGUAUCGAUGAGAGCACAUCUUUGGGGCCACCAUCCCACAGUUACAACAACUUACAACAAGGUCAGGAUAGAGUUAACCACCCAUGAUAUUGCCAAUGAUUCAACUGAUCUGAGUAAUUGUGGUGCAAUAAGUGAUAUUGAUAUCAAAUUAGCAAAACAAAUCGAAAAGUAUCUAGAACUUUACAAAUCUGAAGAAUAG